AUGGCCCGGCUCCUGUCGGUUGCCCUCAGCUGCUUCGGCCUGCUCCACGUGCAGCUGCCCGACACGCUGUGCAGCCGCCGGGGUGGCAGCCCGCAGCCCUGCCGGCCCGGGGAGCCUCCAGCCGGGACCCCCGCCCGCCGCCUGCAGCCGCAGCACCCAGCUCCCUGGCCUGGGACGGGGAAGCCACGCCAGGCCCUCCAGCCACGGAGGAGUGCCAGCCUGCCCCCCGCUGGGGGUCGGCCCCUCCGGGCCGGUCCCCGCCGACACUCGGGCCCCCCAGUGCCCAGAGCCCCGCUCCUGCGGGCGGGCUGUGUGCUGGGCACCUGCCAGGUGCAGAACCUCAGCCACCGCCUGUGGCAGCUCGUGGCGUCAGCCGGCCCGCGGGACUCGGCCCCCAUUGACCCCAGCAGUCCCCACAGCUAUGGCUGA